AGUGUGAGAUACAGGGACAGAGCAGGAGGAGGAGAUUGGCGAUGAAAAGACGAUCGGAUCAGAGCUACAGGGUUGUGGGUCUUCGAGUUCCAGUGCUGCCCGGCUUUCCAGGGUGAACCCACACUGCAUCUUCCCAAAUUCAGGACCCAUCUUUAUCACGGACGCAUUGUGGGACGCAAUUGAGACCGGGACUGCGGUGAAGAGAGGUCGCGUUUUGUGUCUCUCUGGGUUGUGUUUUCGCGGAGCUAGGGACAGCAGGAAGGCGGGAGCCGAGGAGAGGAGGAGGAGAGGAGGAGGAGAGGAGCGCGAUGGGCAACAUCAGGAAGCUGGAGGUUGUGAGCCCCGUCCCGGCUGACAUCGACGUCGCCAAUUCGGUCAAGCCGCUACACAUUACGGCCAUUGCCGAGGAGCUUGGCCUCAAGCCGGAGGAAUACGAUUGCUAUGGCAAGAGCAAAGCGAAGGUCCUCCUCUCCACCCUAGACAGACUAGGAAGUGCACCAAAUGGUUACUAUGUAGUUGUUGGAGGAAUUACACCUACACCUUUGGGAGAAGGAAAGUCUACCACAACCGUCGGACUAUGUCAAGCACUAGGGGCCUACCUUGAGAGGAAGGUUGUGACAUGCAUAAGGCAGCCAAGUCAAGGUCCUACGUUCGGUAUCAAAGGAGGUGCAGCAGGCGGAGGCUACAGCCAGGUCAUUCCAAUGGACGAGUUUAAUCUACACAUGACAGGUGAUAUACAUGCCAUCACGGCUGCCAACAACUUGUUAGCCGCAGCUAUUGAUGCUCGUAUGUUUCAUGAGGCUACCCAGUCAGAUAAAGCUCUUCUGAACAGAUUAUGUCCCGCCGAUAAGGACAAGAAGCGCUCAUUCGCGAAGGUCAUGUUCAAGCGGUUGAAGAAGCUAGGGAUCGACAAAACUAACCCCGAUGACCUAACACCCGAGGAAGUGAAGAAGUUUGUGCGACUGGAUCUUGACCCAGAGCUCAUUACAUGGAAACGAGUCCUCGAUGUCAAUGACCGCUUUCUUCGGAAAAUCACUGUAGGACAAGGUCCAGACGAGAAGGGAAUGACUAGAGAAACUGGCUUUGAUAUUGCUGUUGCGAGUGAGAUCAUGGCUGUUCUGGCUCUCACCACUUCUAUGGGUGACAUGAGAGAACGGUUGGGUAACAUGGUGGUAGGAACCAGUCGCGGAGGGGAUCCCGUUACUGCUGAUGACUUGGGCAUUGGGGGUGCGCUCACUGUUCUGAUGAAGGAUGCAAUUCAUCCCACUUUGAUGCAGACUCUGGAAGGAACCCCCGUAUUAGUGCAUGCUGGACCCUUCGCCAAUAUUGCUCACGGGAAUUCAUCGAUCGUGGCGGAUCAAAUCGCUCUUAAGUUGGUUGGGCCUGAGGGUUUUGUGGUCACAGAGGCUGGUUUUGGAUCAGACAUAGGGGUGGAGAAAUUCAUGAACAUCAAGUGCCGAUACAGUGGGUUGACACCUAAUUGUGCAGUUAUCGUGGCCACGGUGAGGGCAUUGAAAAUGCACGGUGGGGGUCCUGCGGUUGUUGCAGGGAAGCCACUUGACCAUACAUACAAAACCGAGAAUGUUGAGCUGGUGACGAAAGGUUGCUCCAAUCUGGUGAAGCAUAUUGAAAACACCAAGACUUAUGGUGUGAAUGUGGUAGUUGCUGUUAACGCUUUUGCUACUGAUACAGAGGCUGAGCUUGAGGCAGUGAGACAGGCUGCUCUCGCAGCUGGUGCAUCUGAUGCUGUGAUCUGCACACAUUUUGCACACGGAGGAGCUGGAGCGGUGGAACUUGGUAAAGCAGUCCAGAAGGCUUGUGAGCAGCACAGUGGAGAAUUCAAGUUUCUGUACCCCCUUGACAUCAGCAUUAAGGAGAAAAUUGAAGCCAUUGCAACAUCCUACGGUGCAGUUGGAGUUGAAUAUUCUCCUGUGGCAGAGAAGCAAAUCGAAACUUACACAAGACAAGGAUUCACGGAUUUGCCCAUCUGUAUGGCAAAGACACAAUACUCCUUUUCAGACAAUGCAGCUGCAAAGGGUGUACCGACGGGAUUCACCCUGCCCAUCCGAGAUGUCAGAGCCAGUGUGGGAGCAGGCUUUAUUUACCCAAUUAUCGGUACAAUGAGCACAAUGCCCGGGCUCCCGACCCGACCUUGCUUCUUUGAGAUUGACAUGGACCUUGAGACAGGUAUGGUUAUGGGGCUAUCAUAGAUGUUCAGACACAGACCCUGGGUUUUGACGCUCAAAGCGAUCAUGUUGAUUACUAACAUGUAGUGGUAAAAUUGUGUGCUGAGCAUAUGAUUUAACUUUGGUGAAUUGUGGGCUUGUUCAAGUCGUAUGUCUUACUUGUUCGCACUUAAUAAUAUUUUUUUAUACUUAAGUUUUGGAUGCUCA